CCAUGCUGAUAGAGAUUAUAUGCAUGCCAACGUAACUAAUUGCCUGAAUGUACAUUAAGAAAUUUUUUAGUCCAAAAAAUAUUAUUGAUUCAAAAAAAUAAAAUAAAAUUAUAUGCUGCGGGUUUGGGUUAUGGCCUUGAAGACCAUCAACAUACUAAUGCUAUGCUUGUUGAUUUACAACUAUGGAUUACUUUUCUCCUUGGCUGCUGAUGAUGCUGCAAAUUGGACUUUGUUAGCCAAUAAAAGAGUUGCUGCAGGCUUCAUCAGCAUUGAUUGUGGAAUGACGACACAAUCACGAUAUGACAAUACGGGAGGACUACAUUAUAUCUCUGAUUCCGGAUUCAUUAAAACUGGAAUAAAUAGAGAAGUCGACAGCACCUAUUCAAGUUAUAAUGAUGAUGGUGGGAAAAUAUACAACACAGUUAGAAGUUUCCCAGAUGGAAUUAGAAAUUGUUACACCUUGAAACCAUUACAAGGCAAGAACCGAUACUACUUAAUCAGAGCUAGUUUCCUCUAUGGAAAUUAUGAUGGUUCAAACACCAUACCCAAAUUUGAUGUUUAUAUUGGAGUUCAUUUUUGGACAACCAUUUUCCUAAAUGAUGGCGCAAACAAGAUUUUUGUUGAACUUAUCUACACUCCCUCGGAAGAUUGGAUAAAUGUAUGUUUGGUGAAAACAGGAUCAACCACACCUUUUAUUUCUGCAUUAGAGUUGAAUCCUUUGAACGACUCUAUUUACACUUCUAGUGAUGGUGCACUAUUGGAACGUGCGCGCAUGGAUGCUGGCUUCUUUUCGAAUACCUAUAUAAGUGUAGCUGAUGAUCCAUAUGAUCGACUAUGGCGCGGAGUUCCAGCUAAUUUUCAGCAGGAUUGGGGCUCUUUAAAUACUAGUCAAUCAAUGGAUUCUACGUUCAUCGAUCGCUAUGAGUUACCACCUUCAGUUUUAAAGACAGUUGCUUUUCCUCUUAAUAGCACUAUCCCCUUAAAUUAUUACUAUAGGAAUAUGGGAUCCUCAAAUACUGGAUUAGUACGUGUUUACUGGCACUUUGCUGAAAUUCAGAAACUGGGAAGCAAUGAAUCAAGAGAGUUUACUAUUUCAAUACCUGGAAAAUAUCAGUCAGAAACGAUUAGUCCUAAAUAUUUGCAACCAUUAACCAUUGUUUCUCCUGUAAUUACAUUGAUUAAUGGAUCUGGCAUUGUGUUCCACAUUACGAAGACAAAAAGGUCGAAACUCCCUCCCAUUCUCAACGCUUUUGAGAUAUAUGAAGUAGUGGACCUCUCAGCAUUACCAACAGACCAGAAUGAUGUUAAUGCCAUUAUGAACAUCAAGAUGAACUACUCAGUGCCGGAGAGUUGGCAAGGGGAUCCUUGUCUACCUUAUGUUCCUUGGGAUGGAUUAGAAUGCAGCAGCAAUGAUCAUAAUUCCCCUCGAAUAACUUCUUUGAAUUUGACUUUCAGUGGAUUGGCUGGAGAUAUACCCCUUUCAUUGUCUGCUCUUACAGCUUUAACCUACUUGGAUCUUUCAUAUAAUAAUCUUACAGGGGCAAUACCUGAUUUUCUAGCAAAGAUGCCAUCUCUGCAUACUAUAGAUUUGAGAAGUAAUAUGCUCACUGGUCCAGUUCCGAUAGCACUCAGCAAAAAGGUGGAAGAUGGCUCUGUAAUUUUGAGAUUGGAAGGUAAUCCAGACGUAUUGUGUAUGUCAAACCCGUGUAAGAAAAAGAAUUCAAAGAAGAUGGUGGCUAUUUUGUCUUCAACGGCAUGUAUAACAUUCAUCUUUAUUUCGAUAGCAAUAUUGAUUUGUAUACUUAAAAGGAAGAAAGCAGCAAGAUACAUAAAAAAUGCAGCAUUAAAGCUUGAGAGUCGGAGUUUCACAUACGCGGAAGUGAUGAGAAUGACAAAUAAUUUCCAAACAAUUAUUGGAAAAGGAGGAUCUGGAGCAGUUUAUCAAGGCUCCUUACAUGGCACUCUUGUGGCUGUUAAAAUGAUCAAUCCAUCCACUCAUAGUUUAAAGUUGUUUCGUACAGAGGCUGAAUUGUUAACAAGAGUUCAUCAUAGAUGUCUUGUUUCUCUCAUAGGAUAUUGUGAGGAAGGCGCAACCAUGGCACUCAUCUAUGAACAUGUAACUAAUGGUAACCUGCAACAAUAUAUAUCAGUUGCAGAUAAAAAUAAUAAGGUUUUAUGCUGGAAAGAGAGACUACAAAUCGCCAUAGAUGCUGCACAAGGUUUGGAGUAUAUGCACAGUGGGUGUAAACCUCCUAUAGUACACAGAGACAUGAAAACUUCCAAUAUUCUAUUAGACGAGAACAUGCAUGCCAAGAUUUCAGAUUUCGGCAUCUCCAAAAGUUUCUCUAUUGAAAGUACUGAGAGUGGUCUGAAUACUAAAGUUAUGGGAACACAUGGCUAUGUUGAUCCAGAAUACUAUAGCACUGAAAGACUUAAUAAGAAGAGCGAUGUGUUUAGUUUCGGGGUUGUUUUGUUGGAGCUCAUCACAGGGCAAUCACCAAUUGUGAAAAGCAAUAAUGCUGAACCCAUACACAUAAUUACAUGGACUACUCCUAAGCUUGAGAGUGGAGAUAUAGAACUUAUUGUCGAUAAGAGAUUGGAAGGACAUUUCAGCACCAACUCUGCAUGGAAAGCCUUGGAGAUAGCUAUGAUGUGUGUAUCAUCUACUGCAAUCCAAAGGCCAACCAUGAACCAAGUGUUGAGUGAUCUGAAUGAUUGUUUAGCGAUCGAGAUUUCCCAAGGAAAAAAUAGAGAGAUGGACAGCCAUGAAUAUGGUUAUCCUACUACUGACAUUGCCAUUCCCGAUACAUCGAUUGAAAUGGGUCCAACAGCAAGGUAGUUACCUGAAAUGAUAUCGGAAAAUCACUUUAAUCUUUGAAAUAGAAGAACUCUUCUAUUGAAACGUGUUAUCAGUAUCCAUGUACUACUAUAAGUUUCUGUAAUUUGAAUUGUUGUGUAUAAGCUCCUAAAUAAGUUCCCAGUAUUGUGAUACUUCUUUAAAGUUUUACUUUAAUGUUUGAAUUGUCAAAAUAUAU